UUAGAUGUAGUGCUGUCGCCACACUCUUUGAGAAGUCAUUGCUGUGAACUCUUUUGAACAUGGUACUUGUCUAGUACCAGACUCUGCUGAUGCCACCAUGUCCUCUUUGGGCCAUAAACUCUCUCAACACACUUGAUGCCAUCACAGCAGGCGAGCUACAAGUCCUACAGGCUGGAGGAUGGGGAAUAUGAUGCGGGGUGUGAGUGCCAGCGACCAAGUCAACACAGACCCUGACAGCUCCCAAAAGGGCUUGGAAGACGACAUGUUGGUAGUGCUUCAGGACUACCCGUCUUGUGAAAUCAGCGAGCCCAUCUACAGGAUGGGGGAGAAGCUCAGACUCGUCACUCAGUACGAUCAUGUUUUUGCAUUAUUGAUUAAAAACAAUCCAGUUUUGCGAUCCAGACACACAUUUGGUAGACAGACAAUCUCAAAUAACUGUGAGGAAAUAAAAAGUCUAGCAAAAAAGAAUGUCUUUUUUUUGUUUUGUAGCUUGAUGUAUAGAGAAGUGCUUACACAAAAAGGUCAGUGGUUGAUUCCUCUUUGCCUCUUUAUGAUGGUCAGGGAGGCUUACUGGUGGAGAGUCCGCUCUGUCCAAACAGGAAAGGAGAACUAUAUACCCAACAGCCAUGUGGCCAAAGUGUACCAUGGCUGGCUGUUUGAGGGGGUGGAGAGGCAGAAGGCUGAAGAGCUGCUCUGUCUACCUGGGAACAGAGUCGGCUCCUUCCUGGUGCGGGAGAGCAGCAGGGAGAGAGGUCUGUAUUCGCUCUCAGUGAAGCACAGGAUCGUAAAGCACUAUCGUAUCUUCAGACUGGACAACAGCUGGUACUACAUCUCCCCUCGCCUUACUUUCCAGUGCCUUGAAGAUAUGAUCAACCACUACUCUGACUUUGCAGAUGGCCUUUGUUGUGUAUUGACCACCCCCUGUCUGUCAGGCACCACCCCGCCAUCAGAUGUAACUCCUGUAGCUCCAUCUGUUGUCAUGCGACGCAACUUUGACUGGAGGAAAGUAGACAGGAGACAGCUGGUCAGCACAGCAUUGGAAAGUGACAACACGGUGAGCUACGGAGUCAGGAACAGCAUCGCUGCAUACCUGUCCUUUUCUGGGAGUCAACACUCUGCACAGAUGGGAGCAGAGCGCAGGAAGAAAAAGAGUAAAUCUGUUUAUGCUCUCCCUGAAAGCGGCCUCGCAAACACUGACUAUGAUGAUGACUUCUAGAGACAGCAGCAGGGUUUAAAAGACUGGAAUACCUUCAAGUGGAGGACAGUAGAGGGCAUCCUUCUCUGAAAUCCACCACAUUUCUAAUGCCGGCAGUGGGCUGCACUGACCUGACAUUUGUGUUAAACAUCCCAAACAUCAAAGCGUGUUAUAGUUUCUAAUGGGAGCACUUUUAAGUAUUUUAACAAUAACACAAAUUACAUGACCACUUACACAUUGACUCAGCUGAUGAGACAGGACUAUAUGGAGUUGAACUGGUGCAAUUGAACUGUGAUGUGUAUUCUGCACAUGAGUCGGAAAAACAAACAGCCUGGCAGUAUGACAGUAUAAAGGAGACUUGAAUGCUAUGGGUAUUGUUGGGUAAUAUUAAUGUGUAUAUGUGGUGUUCAAACUAUUUUUAUACUUUGUUCAUAAUAAAUAUUAUAUGGUAAAAUUGG